AUGGCAAUUAUGAUUAUUGGUGAGUUGGAAAAACCACUUCACCACUUCCAGCAAAUUUUUAUUUUGAAAAUGUUUCCAAUUGAGCUACCACCAGAGAUGGUUGUCACUACGAUCAAUGGGCUUUUAAAUAAUGGAGUUGAUGUUGUCAAGUUGCUUGAUGAGUUCAAAAUUGAUAAUGUGAUGAGGUCAAAUCCCAAGUCGUUUUACCCAAUUUUGUUAGAAUUGAUUUAUCACAUUUUAGAUCAUCCAAACCAUCAUUCAUCUAAAAUUUUUCUAGACUCCAACCUGCUUGGUCACUUUGAUGAAACAUUAUUAUUCAUCAAAAUCUUGUUUGCUCAAAUCAAAUCCAGCAGCUCAAUUGAGGGCGUUCGUCUAUUUAUAAACAAUUAUUUCAGCGGCUCAGCAUCCAAACGAAACAUCACCAAAACACCUAAAACUGAUAUUGCAAUGUUGGGGGAAUCAUUCCACACAACAUAUAUCAACCCGAUGAAUAAAGGUCACAAAUUUAUAACUCAUUUAGUUCAAACUAUAAAACUGCUAAUGCAACAUUAUAAAACUCAAUCGCUCUCUAACUUGUACCCUUAUACAUGUAUGGUAAACAGCACCAUCAUGGGCAAAUCAUGA